GUUCGGGAAAACACAACAACAGGAGUCAAGUGUAGACGUAAGCUGUGAGGUGAACUCAGAACUGAAGGUGUCUGUCUGUGUGUUUCAGAAUCAAUCAGAAAUGGGGAAGGUGAGAGCUGCGUUUGUGGGAAUGAUCAUGGCAGAGUGUGCUCAAGUUGGUUUAAUCAUAUUGAGCAAACAAGUCAUGGCACAAGGCAUGACCAAUUUCAUCUUCAUCUUCUACUCCAACACAAUCGCUUCCCUCAUUCUUCUUCCCACUUCAUUCUUAGUCCACAGAUUUCAACGCCCUCCUAUCACUUUCUCCAUCCUUUGCCAAUUCUUCUUGCUUGGAUUACUCGGAUUUUUGGCUCAGGCUUUUGGGUAUGCUGGGAUUAACUACAGCUCACCGACGCUUGGUACUGCCAUGCUCAACCUUAUUCCUGGUUUUACCUUCAUACUUGCAGUUGCUUUCAGAAUGGAACUAUUGGAUUGGAAAAGCUCUAGUACCCUUGCUAAAUCACUGGGAACAAUAGUAUCAAUUACUGGUGCAUUUAUUGCGACAUUGUACAAAGGCCCUGCACUUCUGAUGGGGCUAUCACCUUCAAACUCAUCUCAGCAGCCAGUUUCCUCUCAAGAUUCUAAUUGGAUACUUGGAGGAUUAUUUCUCGCAGCUGAUUGCGUAAUGGCUUCAGGAUUUUUAAUUUUACAGGCUUCUAUUCUUAAGAAAUAUCCAGCAGGGUUGAUUACUGUAUUCUUUUAUACUUUCUUUGUGGCCAUUCAAUCUGGUGUGACCUGUUUGGUUGUGGAAAGAGACAUCAGUGCUUGGAGCUUGGAACCAAUGUUUAGGUUGCUUGCUGUUUUAUACUCGGGAGUCAUGGGCUCUGCAUUUCAAGUCGGUGUUACUACUUGGUGUUUACACCAGACAGGACCUGUUUUUGUUUCCAUGUUCAAGCCCAUAGGCAUUGUCAUAUCGGUGGUUGUAGGUGUUGCCAUCCUUGGAGAUGCAUUCUAUCUUGGAAGUCUGGUUGGUGCAACUGUGAUUGUUCUUGGGUUUUAUUCUGUACUGUGGGGGAAAUCCAAAGAUAUUGAAGUGAAAAGCUUGGAAUCAAGGGGGAAACAGACCCCUCUUUUGAAGGAAAACAGCAGUGAAGACAUUUAAAGUACAUUUAAAAGGAUGCUUGCUACAAUUCUGCCGCAAAUAUGCAGUUUCGAUUGUUUCACUCAGAGUAAGGGAGUAAGCUCUGACUCUGAAGUAUGUUACAAGAAAACUAUCUGGUAAAUCUUCUAAGAAAUAUUUUGAUUCAAUUGAUCUGUAUUUAGACAUAAAUUUUGAUAUACUCCCUCCGGUCCUAUUUAUAAGUAACAAAAAAAAAUUCACAUAGUUUAAGAAAUGUAGUUAAACUAGAUAAAAUGCAUUAAAUUUGUCUUAAAUUAAAAUGAACUUCCAAAAUUACCCUUUGUUAUUAGUGUUGGAAAGUGGAAAAGAAAGAGAAUAAUUAAAGAGACACAUUUUACAAGUUAUAAUUAAUAAGGGCAUCAUUGGAAAAAAUUAAUUAAUAUAGCUCAAACUUUCAUUUGGUUCUUAUAAAAAGGACCAAGAUUUUUCUUCUCUUUCAUGCUUAUAAAUAGGACCGGAGGGAGUAUAUGAUAUUAUGUAUUCAUGUAGCUCCUACCAAUGGGGAAAAAGCCCUGGUGUAUUUGUUAAGAAUAAUGACUAUUCAUAAAUACCACAUGCAAUCAAUUAGAUUGUUGGAAGAAAAUAUCAAUAAAUGCAUAGCAUUGAUUCA